ACUGCAACCUCCGCCUCCCGAGUUCAAGUCAUUCUCCUGCCUCAGCCUCCCGAGUAGCUGGGAUUACAGGCACGCGCCACCACGCCGGCUAAUUUUUGUAUUUUUAGUAUAGAUGGGUUUUCGCCAUGUUGGCCAGGAUGGUCUCGAACUUCUGACCUCAGGUGAUCCGCCCACAUCAGCCUCCCAAAGUGCUGGGAUUACAGGCGUGAGCCACCGCGCCCGGCCCCAAAUUUUCGACUAUAUUCUUAGAAACCAAUUCUUUCCACGCAGAGCUCGACAGCUCGAAACGCUGGGGGAUAUUCACAAGUGCCCAGCUGAGGGUGUGAGGCCUGCUCGCUAUUUUAUCAAUUUCGGAGAGAGCGCAUCGAUACUGCCUGCAUGGAGGCUUUGCUGGGAACUAGAAAUUCUGAGUCUUCCCCUCCCCAGCAGCCUGUUCCUUUCCUCCAAAGGACGGUUCGCAGAACAGGAACAGAGGGCUCAGCGGCCCCUGGGCGGAAGACAGUUUAUAAAGGAGAAAAUGAAGAAGGGCCCGCACUAAGAGCCUAACUGAAAUCCCGCGAGGAUCAACCGAGCUCGCCGAAAGGAGGGAGGAACGUAUCCCUUCUGGAGGCUGUCUCGGGGGGCAGAGGGACCGGACCGGAAGUGACGUGAGCGGGUUCCGGUUGUCUGGAGCCCAGCGGCGGGUGUGAGAGUCGGUAAGGAGCAGCUUCCAGGAUCCUGAGAUCCGGAGCAGCCGGGGUCGGAGCGGCUCCUCAAGAGUUACUGAUCUAUGAAAUGGCAGAGAAUGGAAAAAAUUGUGACCAGAGACGUGUAGCAAUGAACAAGGAACAUCAUAAUGGAAAUUUCACAGACCCCUCUUCAGUGAAUGAAAAGAAGAGGAGGGAGCGGGAAGAAAGGCAGAAUAUUGUCCUGUGGAGACAGCCGCUCAUUACCUUGCAGUAUUUUUCUCUGGAAAUCCUUGUAAUCUUGAAGGAAUGGACCUCAAAAUUAUGGCAUCGUCAAAGCAUUGUGGUGUCUUUUUUACUGCUGCUUGCUGUGCUUAUAGCUACGUAUUAUGUUGAAGGAGUGCAUCAACAGUAUGUGCAACGUAUAGAGAAACAGUUUCUUUUGUAUGCCUACUGGAUAGGCUUAGGAAUUUUGUCUUCUGUUGGGCUUGGAACAGGGCUGCACACCUUUCUGCUUUAUCUGGGUCCACAUAUAGCCUCAGUUACAUUAGCUGCUUAUGAAUGCAAUUCAGUUAAUUUUCCCGAACCACCCUAUCCUGAUCAGAUUAUUUGUCCAGAUGAAGAGGGCACUGAAGGAACCAUUUCUUUGUGGAGUAUCAUCUCAAAAGUUAGGAUUGAAGCCUGCAUGUGGGGUAUCGGUACAGCAAUCGGAGAGCUGCCUCCGUAUUUCAUGGCCAGAGCAGCUCGCCUCUCAGGUGCUGAACCAGAUGAUGAAGAGUAUCAGGAAUUUGAAGAGAUGCUGGAACAUGCAGAGUCUGCACAAGACUUUGCCUCCCGGGCCAAACUGGCAGUUCAAAAACUAGUACAGAAAGUUGGAUUUUUUGGAAUUUUGGCCUGUGCUUCAAUUCCAAAUCCUUUAUUUGAUCUGGCUGGAAUAACGUGUGGACACUUUCUGGUACCUUUUUGGACCUUCUUUGGUGCAACCCUAAUUGGAAAAGCAAUAAUAAAAAUGCAUAUCCAGAAAAUUUUUGUUAUAAUAACAUUCAGCAAGCACAUAGUGGAGCAAAUGGUGGCUUUCAUUGGUGCUGUCCCCGGCAUAGGUCCAUCUCUGCAGAAGCCAUUUCAGGAGUACCUGGAGGCUCAACGGCAGAAGCUUCACCACAAAAGCGAAAUGGGCACACCACAGGGAGAAAACUGGUUGUCCUGGAUGUUUGAAAAGUUGGUUGUUGUCAUGGUGUGUUACUUCAUCCUAUCUAUCAUUAACUCCAUGGCACAAAGUUAUGCCAAACGAAUCCAGCAGCGGUUGAACUCAGAGGAGAAAACUAAAUAAGUAGAGAAAGUUUUAAACUGCAGAAAUUGGAGUGGAUGGGUUCUGCCUUAAAUUGGGAGGACUCCAAGCCGGGAAGGAAAAUUCCCUUUUCCAACCUGUAUCAAUUUUUACAACUUUUUUCCUGAAAGCAGUUUAGUCCAUACUUUGCACUGACAUACUUUUUCCUUCUGUGCUAAGGUAAGGUAUCCACCCUCGAUCCAAUCCACCUUGUGGUUUCUUAGGGUGGAAUGUGAUGUUCAGCAGCAAACUUGGAACAGACUGGCCUUCUGUUUGUUACUUUCAAAAGGCCCACAUGAUACAAUUAGAGAAUUCCCACCGCACAAAAAAAGUUCCUAAGUAUGUUAAAUAUGUCAAGCUUUUUAGGCUUGUCACAAAUGAUUGCUUUGUUUUCCUAAGUCAUCAAAAUGUAUAUAAAUUAUCUAGAUUGGAUAACAGUCUUGCAUGUUUAUCAUGUUACAAUUUAAUAUUCCAUCCUGCCCAACCCUUCCUCUUCCAUCCUCAAAAAAGGGCCAUUUUAUGAUGCAUUGCACACCCUCUGGGGAAAUUGAUCUUUAAAUUUUGAGACAGUAUAAGGAAAAUCUGGUUGGUGUCUUACAAGUGAGCUGACACCAUUUUUUAUUCUGUGUAUUUAGAAUGAAGUCUUGAAAAAAACUUUAUAAAGACAUCUUUAAUCAUUCCAAAAUUGUGUCUGUUUUCUUGAGAGUUUUGAUUUUUUACGUUUAGCUUAUACCAGCUGAAUGGCAGCCUUGCCUAAUCCACCUACAACAAGAAUUUCUUAAGCUUUCUUUUAUUUGCAUGAGAGAGCCACUACCAAGGCAUGUUUUGUUAUGCUGAAACUGAGCUGCUGCAUACUGCUAAAUGGCACCUCUGGGAUUGGCCUACCUGGGGAUUUCUUGGUUUGUGAAAACAGGAGAGGAGAGCUAUCUCAUACAAGUGAAAGGAUACUGGAGAGAGAAAUUACCCAUUUCUAAAAAAAAACCACACUCUGUCGUAUCUGUGUUAAUGUUUUCUAGCAUGUAAUCUAGUUUCAACAGACACAAAUUUAUAUGUAACCUAGUUUUCUUGCCGUUCUGUGUUUUAUUCUUAAUGUGAUUUUUUUCCAUUGGGAUGUUUUUGAUUGAACUUGUUCAUUUUGUUUUGCUUGGGAGGAAAAUAAACAAUUUUACUUUUUUCCUUUAGGAGCAUUAUGAGCAUUAUGUCAGAAUAGAAUAGAAUUGGGGUUCGAUCUUAACAGGCCAGAAAUGCCUGGGUUUUUUUGGUUUGUUUUUGUUUUUGUUUUUUUAUCAAAUCCUGCCUGACUGUCUGCUUGUUUUGCCUACCAUCGUGACAUCUCCAUGGCUGUACCACCUUGUCGGGUAGCUUAUCAGACUGAUGUUGACUGUUGAAUCUCAUGGCAACACCAGUCGAUGGGCUGUCUGACAUUUUGGUAUCUUUCAUCUGACCAUCCAUAUCCAAUGUUCUCAUUUAAACAUUACCCAGCAUCAUUGUUUAUAAUCAGAAACUCUGGUCCUUCUGUCUGGUGGCACUUAGAGUCUUUUGUGCCAUAAUGCAGCAGUAUGGAGGGAGGAUUUUAUGGAGAAAUGGGGAUAGUCUUCAUGACCACAAAUAAAUAAAGGAAAACUAAGCUGCAUUGUGGGUUUUGAAAAGGUUAUUAUACUUCUUAACAAUUCUUUUUUUCAGGGACUUUUCUAGCUGUAUGACUGUUACUUGACCUUCUUUGAAAAGCAUUCCCAAAAUGCUCUAUUUUAGAUAGAUUAACAUUAACCAACAUAAUUUUUUUUAGAUCGAGUCAGCAUAAAUUUCUAAGUCAGCCUCUAGUCGUGGUUCAUCUCUUUCACCUGCAUUUUAUUUGGUGUUUGUCUGAAGAAAGGAAAGAGGAAAGCAAAUAUGAAUUGUACUAUUUGUACCAAAUCUUUGGGAUUCAUUGGCAAAUAAUUUCAGUGUCGUGUAUUAUUAAAUAGAAAAAAAAAAACUUUGUUUCCUAGGUUGAAGGUCUAAUUGAUACGUUUGACUUAUGAUGACCAUUUAUGCACUUUCAAAUGAAUUUGCUUUCAAAAUAAAUGAAGAGCAGCUGUCCUUCUUUCCUCUUUUAAGUGUUCAGCUGUGGCAUGCUCAGAGGUUCCUGCUGGAUUCCAGCUGGAGCGGUGUGAUACCCUUCUUUUUCAGCUGUUCGUGCCUUCCUUUCUUGUAUCCACCAAAGUGGAGACAAAUACAUGAUCUCAAAGAUACACAGUACCUACUUAAUUCCAGCUGAUGGGAGACCAAAGAAUUUGCAAGUGGAUGGUUUGGUAUCACUGUAAAUAAAAAGAGGGCCUGGGAA